AUGUCUUCCUUCAAGAGCAAAUACCAAGAUGAACUCAUUGCCAAUGCUGCUUACAUUGGCACCCCAGGGAAGGGUAUCCUUGCUGCUGAUGAGUCAACUGGUACAAUUGGCAAGCGUUUGUCCAGCAUUAAUGUUGAGAAUGUUGAAACGAAUAGGCGUGCCCUUCGUGAACUCCUAUUCACCUGUCCUGGUGCUUUUGAGUGCCUCAGUGGUGUGAUUUUGUUUGAGGAAACUCUAUACCAAAAGACAGCUGCAGGAAAACCCUUCGUAGAGUUGAUGAAGGAAGGUGGAGUUCUUCCUGGUAUCAAGGUUGACAAGGGAACUGUAGAGCUUGCUGGAACCAAUGGGGAAACCACUACGCAGGGCUUAGAUGGCCUUGGUCAGCGUUGCCAGAAGUAUUAUGAAGCUGGUGCCCGUUUUGCUAAAUGGCGUGCUGUGCUCAAGAUCGGCCCCAGUGAACCAUCUGAGCUGGCUAUCCAUGAAAAUGCCUAUGGUCUGGCUCGUUAUGCUGUCAUAUGCCAGGAGAAUGGUCUGGUUCCUAUUGUGGAGCCUGAGAUCCUGGUUGAUGGACCUCAUGACAUCAACAAAUGUGCUGAGGUGACUGAGCGUGUUCUUGCUGCAUGCUACAAGGCUCUAAAUGAUCACCAUGUUCUGCUUGAGGGAACUCUAUUGAAGCCUAACAUGGUGACCCCUGGUUCAGAGUCUCCAAAAGUGGCUCCAGAGGUGAUAGCUGAAUAUACUGUUAGAGCUUUGCAGCGAACUGUUCCUGCUGCAGUACCUGCUGUGGUCUUCUUGUCUGGUGGGCAGAGUGAAGAGCAGGCAACCCUUAACCUCAAUGCCAUGAACAAGUUCAAGGGAAAGAAGCCAUGGUCUCUUUCUUUCUCUUUUGGAAGGGCACUUCAGCAGAGCACUCUCAAGACAUGGGCCGGGAAGGAUGAAAACAUUAAGAAGGCCCAGGAUGCAUUCAUCACGAGGUGCAAGGCAAACUCACAAGCAACCCUGGGGACUUACAAGGGUGAUGCUGCCCUUGGUGAGGGUGCCUCUGAGUCUCUCCAUGUCAAGGACUACAAAUACUAAAAAUGGAGUGAGCUUCUUUUGGAGAUUUUCGCAUUAUUGGCACCAUCAUAUUGGUGCUCUUUUAUAGGUUUUGACUUGACUGUUUUGCUUUCCGUUCUUGGUCUUCGUAGUUUUAUGGAUUAAAGAAUAAUAGCUCCAACUCCAACCUACAUUAGUUUGGUAUUGGUCCCCCAGCCCCCUCUUUUUUAUAUAAUUCUUCCUUCGGUUUUCCUGAUUGAGUUUUGCUCUAUUAUGGACAAGUGUCAUUUCUUUUUUCAAUGCAAUUUGGAUCUGGAAAAAAAGCAUAUUGC